GACGCGUCGCUGACUAAGCAACAUACUGGUGAUCGCGUCAAGGCGCUCGUGUGCGAUCGUCUGCCGCCGUUUGCAGCUUGACCUCGAACGGUUUCCUGCCCUGCUGUCCUGUCCCCUUCUACUCGCUAUGUCCGGCAUCUGCAGAGCUCGUCUGGCUGAAGAACGCAAACAGUGGCGCAAAGACCAUCCAUUUGGAUUCUACGCCAAGCCAACCAAAGCGGCGGAUGGAUCCAUGAAUCUCCUGGAGUGGGAGGUUGGGAUUCCGGGUAAACAGGGGACGCCCUGGGAAGGCGGUGUGUAUAAACUCAUGAUGAUCUUCCCGGAAGACUACCCCUCGAAGCCGCCGAAAUGCAAGUUCGCGCCACCGCUCUUCCAUCCCAACGUAUACCCAUCUGGCACCGUCUGUCUAUCCAUUCUCGAUGAGGAGAAGUCAUGGAAGCCUGCCAUUACCAUCAAACAGGUGCUACUGGGAAUUCAGGACCUCCUGAACGAUCCAAACGUGAACGACCCCGCACAAAGUGAUGCUUACACGAUGUUCAAGAAUGAUAGAGUCGCUUAUGAGCGGAGAAUCAGGCAGCAAGCACGAGAGAACAUACCAAAGUAGUGGCAUCAUACGGGAGUUGGGUUUCGUCGUAUUCUCUUCCUUACCUAUCUUGCUGUUGUAUAUCAUGUCGUAUUGCACAAUCAACCGGGGUCCAACACUCA